UUCAAGGCUUCGUUGGAAUGAAUGGUAAUUCGAUCACGAAAGCAAGCUUACAAUUCACAUUCAAGUCACUGAAUCGGGGUCUGCCCUUCAAGACCACUAUAGGACCAGAUGCACCCUGGAUUGUAUACCAGGUACAAAAUGCUGCGAACUACCUUCUAGAGGCACAUACCAUCGUCUGCGAUUCCACCCAAGAACUCACGGGGUUAAUGAACGACCCAAACAGAGAAUUGUACUCACAUCUGGAACAAGGGAGGGAGUAUGUGUGCCAGAUUAUGGACAAAAUCAUGCUGAACCUCAAUCAUGCCAAGGAUCAGCUGGUACGCUCCGAGAGACGAACACUGCAACAGUCUUGCACGGAAUAUAUUAACAUGAACGUAUAUAGACCCUCCCUCCCGGACGGGCUGGUGAUUGACUUCCGAGUAGAUUACGGGAGUCUUAUCAUGACAACUUAUGCCCUCAGCCCGCUUACCAGCGCCCCGGUGCAGCCCAGAAUCCAUCAAACUGAACAUAGAGGUCGAUGGUUUGAGUGCGACGAAGUGAUAGAUCUGGAGAUGAGUAUCCCUGCGCUUGGCGAGUCCCUGGCUAGGAUUAACAGCUGCUACGAAAUGUGUCAGCGAUUUAAGGACAACCUGAAUUCACUUGUGAUUAAAGGCAUGCGGUAGUGCAAGUUAAUAAUGUACACUCAGUAUAGUUUUAAACAUCUCGAUGUAAAGAAGCGGAAUGUGA